CAGUGGGAGGAAGCACGGAAAGGGUCUUCGCGGCCUUGGAGGCUGCGGGAACAAAAGUUAAACGGCGAGAUUUAGGGGAUUUGCUCGCAAUCGAAACAAAACUCCCGCUAACUCCAUGGCAACGUACCAACCGUCUCACCGUGAACCACUGAAAAUGCCUUUCUAGGUAACCAUUAACGUGCCUCACAUGAUGGUUUUGACAUCAACGUGACAGUUUGACCAUCUGCGUAUCUGGAUUGACAAAUGGAAGGAGAUAAAGUAGGAGAGUGGAAUACAAAAGACCUUGCCAGAUUGCAGCACUAAGGUCAAACCGUUUGGAGACUGUUGGGCUCUCAAAUAACGUAGUAAGUGGGCUGAAAAAUGCCUUAACGACGAAUGUUAGAGUAACCUGCAACUUUCUUCCCUCAUUUCCCACAAAAUUCCAGCCAUGCAGAGCAUCUUUGGGCAGCAGCAACAAUAGCCUGCAGUGGGAAGCAGCUACAGAGGAUAGCAGCACAGCAACAUAGCAGCCAGACAACUAAGAAGAGCUUCUUGUUUUAUUUAAAGAGGCCAGGAGCUGGAGCUGGAGCUGGAGUUAACCAGGCCCAGGUUGCAUAGCCCACUCUGCCAAGAAGACCUGUGACUCUCAUUCUCAGCCUGCAGUUUUCCACACACAGUCUUGGUUUUGGCAGAAGACACUCAACUUUGGAAUGAACCCUUCUUGAAUUAGAGCUCAAGAUGGCGGCCUCCUGGUCGCCCUUGGUUACCCUGCGCUUAGUGCAGAGCCGGCUGAGAGGGAGAUGUGUUGGGUGCGGGGCCUGGGCUGCUGCUCUCGCCCCUCCGGCCACCGCCCCUGGAAACACCUUUUGGAAAGCCUAUACAGUCCAGACACCUGAGAUUACAUCUCCAACUGUGGCUGCAGAGUUUUAUUCAAAAGCUUUGGCUGUUUGCCAUGGACCACUGGACCAUUAUGACUUUCUGAUCAAAGCUCAUGAGCUAAAGGAUGAUGAGCAUCAAAGAAGAGUCAUACGGUGUUUGCAGAAAUUACACGAGGACCUUAAAGGAUACAGUAUAGAGGCAGGAGGCCUUUUUUCAAAGCUUUUUUCAAGGAGCAAACCUCCAAGGGGCCUGUAUGUUUAUGGAGAUGUUGGUACAGGGAAAACAAUGGUGAUGGACAUGUUUUAUGCUUAUGUGGAGAUGAAGAGGAAGAAACGGGUUCAUUUUCAUGGUUUCAUGCUAGAUGUUCAUGAAAGAAUACAUCGCCUUAAACGGAGUUUGCCAAAAAGGAAACCAGGAUUCAUGGCUAAAUCAUAUGAUCCAAUAGCUCCCAUAGCUGAAGAAAUUAGCGAAGAAGCAUGUCUCUUAUGUUUUGAUGAGUUUCAGGUCACUGACAUUGCUGAUGCCAUGAUUCUGAAACAGCUUUUUGAAAAUCUGUUCAAAAAUGGGGUCGUCGUUGUGGCAACAUCCAACAGGCCACCGGAAGAUCUCUAUAAAAAUGGACUCCAAAGAGCUAACUUCAUACCAUUCAUUGCUGUCCUAAAGAAAUACUGUAAUACGGUCCAGCUAGAUUCUGGGAUCGACUACCGGAAAAGGGAGCUUCCUGCUGCGGGAAAACUCUACUAUCUCACAAGUGAAGCUGAUGUGGAGGCUGUCAUGGAUAAGUUGUUUGAUGAGCUGGCUCAGAAACAAAAUGAUUUAACUAGACCAAGGAUUCUAAAAGUGCAAGGCAGAGAGCUGCGGCUGAAUAAAGCCUGUGGAACUGUUGCCGACUGCACAUUUGAAGAGCUGUGUGAGAGACCACUUGGAGCCAGUGACUAUCUGGAACUGUCAAAGAAUUUUGAUACAGUAUUCUUACGAAACAUUCCACAAUUUACGCUGGCAAAGAGGACACAAGCUCGAAGAUUCAUAACUCUCAUUGAUAACUUCUAUGAUUUCAAGGUGCGCGUCAUUUGCUCAGCAGCGACUCCUAUACCAAGCUUAUUUUUGCAUCAACAUCAUGACAGUGAGUUGGAGCAAAGCAGAAUACUGAUGGAUGAUUUGGGGCUGAGCCAGGACUCAGCAGAAGGACUGUCUAUGUUUACUGGAGAAGAGGAGAUCUUUGCAUUUCAGCGUACGCUUUCCCGACUCACCGAAAUGCAGACUGAGCAGUACUGGAAUGAAGGGGACAGAAGCAAGAAGUAACCAUCGUUUUUGCGUGAAUAAAACUCUGGACAAAUGAUUACGGCAGGGAGAACUCUUUUUUAUGGACUUGAAGGAAUCAUUUUUCUCAUCAUUAAUUAUACACUUUGUCCUCUGGACCAUUUUUAUCUAAAAUUACUGUCAAAGAUGGAGUGGAUUAGUAAGUUAAAGCCAUUUUUAUAGGUUUACUUUUUUGCCUAUUUAUUUGGCUUUAUUUCUGCACUACAAAAUUAAAAUCAUCACUCCUGAAGAUUAAUGUAGGACCAGACAUUUUGGCUUCAUAUUAAGCCACUUGAAUAACACACACACACAACACACACGUACACGCACACACAGUUAAACGCAGUGUCAUUCUGGACAUCUCCAAGCUUUGGCUACAUGGUAGCCGCAUGAUACAAACACUCCUUUUAUGAGGGGGGGGAACCCUACAUUUCAAUACAAAUCAAAGAAACUUUCUGAUUCUAUUAUAAACUAAAGAGACAACAUUUUCGAAUAUGGGCUUAUACAUGUGAUUUUGGGGGGCCAUAAAUUAUAUUAAGUCUCUUGGCCUUCAGGUUUUCUCACAACUGAGAGUACAUUUUUUUACCCUAAGAUCAAGCUUGGCAGGCAGGAGCAGAUCUUCAGUGGACACAGAGUUCCCUGAAAAAAUUGAGGAUUAUGACACCAGUCAAAUAAGGAGCAUGGGUAUCAUCAAAUUCUAACUGAUAGGCAGAGCCCGCAAUCCUGCCUGCCAGCAGGAGGGCAGACACCAGGGAAAGGGGCCAAUGAAAGCGAGUCAGGAGGAGACAGAGUCCUGGACACGCCAAGCAGCAGAGUGGACUCCGGUCCAUCGGAAGCCAGCAGGACCCCAGCAGACGGGGGCUCCUUCCCACCGCUCAGACACGUUCGCUCUGGCUGCAGAAUCCCAACCCCCACCCUUGCCUCUGCUUCCGUGAUGAGACGGAUUUAAUAGUAAAUAGGGAAGAACACUUGAUGAACCUACUUCAGUAAAAUCUGACUUGUCCUUCAUUGAGGUCAUUCUUUGAUUCAUUCAAGUACCACCUGACUUUGCUAACUAUUACCACAAAAGGGAUCUUAGUUGAGGCUGUUCAGAGAAUCUGAAUCCCUCUUCAAGAAAAAAAGGAAAAUGUGACAUCAAGUGUUGUGAAAAUCAAAUGUUUUUGAGGGGUAGGCACAGUUCAAAAAAAUCGUUAGGUUGUCAACAUAAGUAAGCUCUUUGAAUCUAUUGAAUUUAUAAGUGAAUAAUCUAUUCCCAUUAGUCUAUUUUGGACAUUAACCUAAGUCAAGCAGGUAGAUGCAUAGGGUACCCAAGUACAGAGAAAAGUUUAAAUCAUGGCUUCUGAAAAUUAAAUGUGGGUUUAAAAACAUUAAAAUUUUCCAAAAUUGAAGUAGAGUUGAUACAAUAUUAAUACUUUAGUUCCAAGUGUCCAGCGCGAUUCCACAAGUCUGUACAUUCUGCUGUGCUCACCACAAGUGUACCUACCAUCUGCCCCCGCACAGUGCUGUUACAGCGCUAUUGACUGUAGUCCCUAUGCUGUGCCUUUUUUUUUUUUAAGAUUUUAUUUAUUAGAGAUAGCAUGAGCUGGGGGAGGGGAGCAGAUGGAGAGGAAGGGAGAGGCAGACUCCCCACUGAGCUGGGAACCCUACGGACGACGUGGGGCUCAAUCUCAGGACUCUGGGAUCAUGACCCGAGCCAAAGGCAGAUGCUUAACAGACUGAGCCACCCAGGUGUCCCUAAAAGGCACGGUGCCUUUUAAUCCUGUGACUUCUUCAUUCCAUGACUGGUAUCUCCCACUCUGCUUCACCCGUUCUGCCCAUCCCCUCUCCCCUCUGGCAGCCAUCAGUUUGUUCUCUGUAUCUAUGGAUUUGUUUCUGCUUUUUGUUUGUUUUUCAGAUUCCACAUGUAAGUGAAAUCACAUGGUGUUUGUCCUUCUCUGACUUGUUUCACUGCAUGAUACCCUCUAGGUUCAUCCAUGUUGUCGCACACUGCACGAUCUCAUCCCCUUUUAUGGCUAAAUAUAAACAUAUCUUUAUUGAAGUGAAACAAGAGUUCAAAAGAAACACAUUUAUUGCUAGACACUUUCAUGAUCUCAGGUAAAAAAAAAAUCUAUCCUUGAGAGUAACAGAAUUGUCCCUGUUUAUAAAGAACCAAGGCUUGGAAAAGUUAAGUAGCUGGACCUGAGAUUCGCAACUACAAAACUCACGGACUAUACCACAGCACCUCUAUAAAAAAGAGAUUAUUUUAAGUAGUGAUUUUUUAAAAAUUCAGUGAAGGUGAAUUUACGACAGAACCAUUGGCUUUGAACUUUAUAAAUAUAAAAUGUGUAACUCGUU